AUUUAAUUCAACAGUUGCAUCUUUAGCGCGGCAAUCAUCUGUGUACACAUUGAAUAGUGACGUCAUUACAAUAUGACAUUGUGUACAAGGGAGGAAAUCUUUUGGUUAAAAAUUUGAAGCAGUUAUUUGCCCUUAUAUGACAUUCAAAAUAUCAGCGCGGUCACAUGACCUGACAGUCAUUUUCGCUUGGUCACGUGUCAAAAAGAUUGGAAAUGUUUUUGAUAGUCAAAAUAUCACUUUUUCGGGUAAUGGGAUUUUACCAUUGUAGACAAAAGUAAGGUAUAAUAAUACAAAAUACCUGUGUAAUGUAAACAGUAUUGUAAACAACUCUAUGCGGAUAUCAUGUAUUUUAAGGUUUAUUGAACCUCAUUUGUAUAGUGAUACUAGUAUUGAUUGUGUCGCAGAUACUGAUAAUAUGAUUUGUGGAUAUAGCACCUAUUUCAUAUUGAUUUAAAUGAUAUGUGAUUAUAUAAGUGUAUACAUGUAAACGGUACAUGUAUCAUCUAAAGAAAUGAACUUCAUGAUUUGGAAUGAAAUAGGACAUGGUUGAUUCCUGGAUAUUUGUUUAUUUUCUAUUCAUUGGAGGUAUUCAUGCCGAACAGAUCGGCACAUUUUCUAGAGCGAACAUGUGCAACGAGACAAUACUACUUGGCACAACGCAUCAUGCGAGUAUUAUUGACUUCCGGGUAUCUACACUAUCUUUAGAACCUUAUAGUCGCGUGUGCAGUUUGUACGUGGAAACAACGAACACGCCCUACAUUGGAAUGAAGUUUCUAUCGACUAACCUUGAUGUUGCCUAUAGCAACGCGUCGCAGUGCUCAUUUGAACUAUCUAUUACUGGCAAAGAUAUGGAACAAAUACAUUAUAACACAUUGCCAGAAUUUGAAAUAAACAUAAACACAUACGGAUAUGUAAAUCUAGAAAUAAAACUUGACAAAUGCAUGAUUAAUUCCAACACCAGUUUAUUUAGGGUAUUGGUUUUUAAGCACGGCGAUACCUUUUGCUUCUCUGAAGAAAUUCACUGUAUAAAUUCUACAAGAUGUGUCCAUCCGGAACUAGCUUGCACUAAUGUAUAUGAUUUCUGUGACAACGAUUUCCAAAAUUGCAAAAAUAAGUCAGACAUUUCCAACUAUAAACGUUAUCAACGAAGAGGUCCACCCUCCAUACCAGGAAUAGUACUAGGUCUCACUUGUUUGACAGUGCUCACUUCAUUCCUGUUAUAUAUUGUUCUAUGUCGUAAGCGUCCUUGCUGCAGACGGAUAACACAGAAGCUGCAGUGUCGUCUGCCGCCAUGUGAAAACUGUGGCGAUGGAACAACUGAAAGAACUACUGCAACAGCGCAGUUCAUACGUGAGACAGAUAAUGUUUCGUUACAUUAUACUCGUUUUCGAGACCCACCCCCGAGUUACUGUGACUUGCAUCCAAAUCAGCACGGACAAGGCGAAAAUGCACACCCUCAGUUUGAAACUGGAAUUAGUAUUCCAAAUAUUCCACCGCCAUUAUAUUCAUCCGAAAAUACAAACGAGACUGAUGUGCAAGAUGACUUGCCACCGCCUUAUUCGGUUGCACCUCCACCCACGGAAGGUUUACAGCAUAUGUAGAAUGUAUCAUAUAUAUUAUUACUGUUCCACCCAAUUGUGUUGAUUUGCUGUUUGAUAAUAUCCAUUUCAGUGUGUGGACGUGGUGCUAAGGCAUUUUAUAUAUAUUAACCUCAUCACUGAAUCGUUAUAUCAUAUACAUGCACUUUGCCAGUUUCGCUAGGCUGUCAGAAACGUUAAUAUUAUUGUUCAAGUAGUCCCAGACCAAGUCUGUCAGUUUGAAAAAGUUAGUAUUUAUACAAGUUUCAUAUUUUAAAUGUUAUAAUUGAUAUCUGUUUGCUUUGUUUGUUUUAUUAAAGUAAGAUAUAGUUCAGUGCCUGACCGUGUGUUUCGGUUGUUGUUACGUAAUGUAUUUUCUUUUCUCUUUUUGAUUAUAACUGUUAAACUUGUUAAACUAUAAUUGUUAGGAUAUAUUUGAUACAGGGAGUUUCACUUUAAUACAUUGUAAUGCAAAAAUUGUUGAUUUCGCUGCAUGAUUGUUCUGAAAAAAAAAGCAUUUAGCAAGAGCCAGGAAAAGCACAAACGCUAGGCAACAAAAAUCGAAAAAUCGAACUAAUCGUGGUAUUAUGAUCAACCGCAUUACAUUCUCUUUCCCACACACAAAUACACAAAUCUAGUGCAUAAUCUCUUUAAUCAGAUGACUAGCGACACUGACUAAAAUAUAUUUCUUUAUCUUAUCCAUAAUUCUAAAAUGCUUGUCUAUGUUAAAACACUCUUACGCUAAACAGCCAAUCUCAAUAAAAUGACCCAAAUAGAAUAGAACAAAUGACUAAAAAUAAAAAUGUUCACUAAAUGUCAUACAUAACAUUUUUGUUAGUAACAGGUUUUCUUGGUGAGGAAUGGACAAUGUGCCAUUAGUUAAAAUUCAAAUUGCAGUUCAGUGGUCGUGAAAAGAACAUGAGUGCAAAUGUGACUUUCCACUGCUGCAUUUUUUAUAUUUCAGUUAGUACAACAUGAAAAUUGCUUAUGAAGCUACAAAAGUUUGGUAAAACCACAUUUUGUGAGUUAUGCGCUUUUAGGAAGGAUGGUACAAAACUAGAGUGAAAACCAAAUAUGACAUUAUCAUUGUUUUUAUUGAACUACAGAUUUCCAAAUUCGUCUCUUAAAAUGCAUAACGCAAAGACGUUAAACAUAAAUAAUUAUAAUAAGGUGAAUAUGAUUUUGUUUCAAAACCUCAAACUUCACUAUCAUAACUAAUAAACAUUACUUUCAAAAAUAUCUAUUUAUCAUAGACAUUAUUUACAUUACAGAGGAACGCUACCCGGAUUGUCUUGAACACUCAGGUGUAACGUAAAUAUCAACCAAAAUAUUCAAAUUAAAUGGUUUGAAAACUAUUGCAUUAAGUACAAUACAUCUUCUAUAAAGUUUAAAAGUCAUCUAUUUUCGGCCAGCAGACAUUUUAAAAAACAUUAGUUAGAUUACUUAUCUGCAUAUGGAUAUCUGUUCAUGUCCAUUUUAAAAAUAGUGUAAUUUCAUAUCGAAAUUAAAUGACUUUAGGAAUAAAAGAUAUUGACCCUGUGAUUUUUAUAGUCAUUGAAAAAACAUAUCCAAAGGAACCAAUAACAAAAUUUAAGAAUAUCUACUAAACAUUUUGCAUCAGCCAUACAGACAGUAUAAAAAGAAAUGCUGAAUUUCAGCUUAACAGAUCUGUAACGUAAAUAUCAAAUAUUCAAAGAAACAACAACUAAAAACAACUCCCUAAACCUAUACCAAAACAUAUUUUUCGUCACCUAUGACUAGAUUUGUACAUGAGUAUUUUUUACAAGUAUCUGUAAACAUUAUGUCUUCAAUAAACACAAUAAAAACUUGAGAAUACAUUACUUAUU